GCUCACGUGGCCCGGCCGGCCGAGAACGAGGGGACCGGCGGGCCAUGGCGGGCUGCGGGCUCUGUUUUUCGCUGCUGCUGGCGGCAGCGUUCGCCCGCCAGGCGCAGGCCCUCUGGCCAUGGCCCCAGUACAUCCAAACCUCCGAUUCGCACUACGCCAUCUUUCCGUACAACUUCCAGUUCCAGUACCAUGUCAGUUCUGCCGCGCAGCCGGGCUGCUCCGUCCUCGACGAGGCCUUCCAGCGCUACCGCGACCUGCUCUUCGGCUCCAGCUCUUGGCAGCCUCCUGAACCCACAAGAAAACAGCAUACACCGGAGAAGAAUUCAUUGGUUAUCCUUGUGGUCCUUCCUGGAUGUGACCAGCUUCCUUCUUUGGAGUCGGUGGAAAAUUACACCCUGGUCAUAAAUGAUGAUCAUUGUUUCCUCCUCUCUGAGACUGUCUGGGGAGCUCUCCGAGGUCUGGAGACUUUUAGCCAGCUAAUUUGGAGAUCUCCCGAGGGCACGUUCUUUAUCAACAAGACUGAGAUUGAAGACUUCCCCCGCUUCUCUCACCGGGGCUUGUUGUUGGAUACGUCUCGCCAUUACCUGCCACUGACUAGCAUCCUGGACACUCUGGACGUCAUGGCAUACAAUAAAUUCAACGUGUUCCACUGGCAUCUGGUCGAUGACUCUUCCUUCCCAUAUGAGAGCUUCACUUUUCCAGAGCUCACCAGAAAGGGGUCCUACAAUCCUGUCACCCAUGUCUACACAGCACAAGAUGUGAAAGAAGUGAUUGAAUAUGCACGGCUUCGGGGUAUCCGUGUGUUGGCAGAGUUUGACACUCCUGGCCACACUCUGUCCUGGGGACCAGGUUUCCCUGGAUUAUUGACUCCUUGCUACUCUGGGUCUCGUCCCUCUGGCACCUUCGGACCAGUGAAUCCCAUUCUCAAUACUACCUAUGAAUUCAUGAGCACAUUUUUCUUGGAGGUCAGCUCUGUCUUCCCAGAUUUUUAUCUUCACCUUGGAGGAGAUGAGGUUGAUUUCACCUGCUGGAGGUCCAACCCAGAUAUCCAGGCCUUUAUGAAGACGAAAGGCUUUGGUAAUGACUUCAAGCAGCUGGAGUCCUUCUACAUCCAGACACUGCUGAACAUCGUCUCUGCCUAUGGCAAAGGUUAUGUGGUGUGGCAGGAGGUGUUUGAUAAUAAAGUAAAGGUUCCUCCAGAUACAAUCAUCCAGGUAUGGCGAGAAGAGGUACCAGUAAAUUAUUUGAAGGAGCUGGAGCUAAUUACCAGAGCCGGCUUGCGUGCCCUGCUCUCUGCCCCCUGGUACCUGAAUCACAUAACUUAUGGCCCUGACUGGAGAGAUCUCUACGUGGUGGAGCCCCUGGAAUUUGAAGGUGGCGCUCAGCAGAAGGCUCUAGUGAUUGGUGGAGAGGCCUGUAUGUGGGGAGAGUAUGUGGACAGCACAAAUCUGGUCCCCAGACUCUGGCCCAGAGCAGCGGCCGUUGCUGAGAGGCUGUGGAGCAACAAGUCGGUGACUAACCUGGACUUGGCCUUUAAACGUCUGACACGGUUCCGCUGUGAGCUGCUAAGGCGAGGUGUCCAGGCCCAACCCCUCAAUAUAGGCUACUGUGAACAGGAGUUUGAACAAACCUGAGCAGCUCCAGGCACUGAAGAGGGUGCUGGCCCUAGGAGAGUGGUAGUGGGGCCAGGCUUCCACUGCAUCCCGGCCGGGGGACGGAGCCCCUUGCCUACGUGCCCCUGUGCAUGGAGAGAAGGGGGCCAGUGUUGGCACUAGCAUCCAAUAAAGAGUGAUGUGGCUUUUUUCCAUAAUGAACAUGGACUACCUGUGUAAGAAAAAUGUGAAUGGCUCUGGGGUAGUGAGUUGCCUUCACUGGCCUUCUGCUCCUGAGAGUGUUCGGGCUUAUCAGGGCCCAGCCAGGUUGGGCUCAGUGUCUGCCCCUGGAGGAAUCUUACAAGUUGAGGGCUGGGAAUGAAACCCUGUGCAGCCUAUGGCUUGUGUGACACCUCUCCCACCCCUGACACAUAGUCUAAACACAUACCCCCAUCUUCAGUCUGCUCACUUCCCUCCAAGUGCGAGGCCACUUGGACCUCCAAGGGUUCCAUGUAUGGAAGAAGGCAUAUUAGCAGCCCGAGGAAGUUCUGGGAGAGGGAAGGGCUCUCCCCCAUGCGUACUCACACACUUCCCACCCCUAGAGCUUUUCUUCUGCUAUGGAUUUCUUGUUUCUUAUUUUGUUUUGUUUUGUUUCUUUUUCAAUUUUUUUAUAUAAAUUCUAGUUAACAUAUAGUGUAACAUUGGUUUUGGGAGUAGAAUUUAAUGAAUCAUCACUUACAUAUAACACCCAGUGCUCAUCACAAGUGCCUUCCUUAGUACCCAUCACUCAUUUAGCCCAUCUCCCACCUACCUUCCUCCAUCAACCCAUUAUGGUUUGGUUCUCUCUCUCUUUUUUCCCCCUUCCCAUAUUCAUCUGUUUUGUUUCUUAAAUUCCAUAUAUGAGUGAAAUCGUAUAUUUGUCUUUUUCUGACUGACUUAUUUCGCUUAGCAUAAUACACUCUAGCUCCAUGCACACUGUUGCAAAUGGCAAGAUUUCAUUCUUUUUGAUGGCUGAGUAGUGUUCCAUUGUGUAUAUAUACCACUUCUUUAUCCAUUCAUCAGUCAGUGGACAUUUGGGCUCUUUCCGUAGUUUGACUAUUGUUGAUAAUGCUGCUACAAACAUUGGGGUGGAUGUAGCCCUUCGGAUCUGUAUUUUUUAUCCUUUGGGUAAAUACCUAGUAGUGUAAUUGCUGGGUUGUAUGAUAGUUCUAUUUUUAACUUUUUGAGGAACCUCCAUACUGUUUUCCACAGUGGCUGCAUCAGUUUGCAUUCUGACCAACAGGGUAAGAGGGUUCCCCUUUCUCUGCAUCCACACCAACAUUUGUUGUUUCCCGUGUUGCUAAUUUUAGCCAUUCUGACAGGUAUGAGGUGGUAUCUCAUCAUGGUUUUGAUUUUAUUUCCCUCAUGAUGAGUGAUACUGAGAAUCUUCUCAUGUGUCUGUUAGCCAUCUGGAUGUCUUCUUUGGAAAGAAAUCUAUUCAUGUUUUCUGUCCAUUUCUGAAUUGGAUUAUUUGUUUUCUGGGUGUUGAGUUUGAUAAGUUCUUUACAAAUUUUGGAUACAAACCCUUUAUCAGCUAUGUCAUUUGCAAAUAGCUUCUCUCAUUCUGUAGGCUGACUCUUAGUUUUGUUGACUGUUUCUUUCACUGUGCAGAAGCUUUUUAUCUUGAUGAGGUCCCAGUGUUCCUGUUUGCUUUUGUUUCCCUUGCCUCCUGAGAUGCAUCUAAUAAGAAAUUGCUCUGGCCGAGGUCAAAGAGGUUGCUACCUGUGUUCUCCAUUCUCCUUCAAGAUUUUGACCUCUCACAUUGGGGUCUUUCAUCCAUUUUGAAUUAAUUUUUGUGUAUGGUGUAAGAAAGUGGUCCACUUUCAUUCUUCAGCAUGUCACCGUGCAGUUUUCCCAACACAAUUUGUUGAAGAGACUUGUCUUUUUUUCCAGUGGAUAUUCUUUCCUGCUUUGUCGAAGAUUACACUACCAUACAGUUGUGGGUCUAUUUCUGGGCUUUCUAUUCUCUUUCAUUGAUCCAUGUGUCUGUUUUUGUGCCAGUACCAUACUGUCUUGAUGACUACAGCUUUGUAAUAUAGCUUGAAGUCUGGAAUUGCGAUGUCUCCAGCUUUGCUAUUGUUUUUCAGGAUCGCUUUGGCUAUUUGGAGUCUUUUGUGGUUCCAUACAAAUUUGAGGGUUGUUUGUUCUAGCUCUGUGAAAAAUGCCUGUGGUAUUUUGAUAGGGAUUGCAUUAAAUGUGUAGAUUGCUUUGGGUACUAUAGACAGUUUAACAAUGUUUGUUCUUCCAAUCCAUGAGCAUGGGAUUUUUUCCCAAUUUUUUGUGUGGUCUUCAAUUUCUUUCACAAGUAUUCUAUUGUUUUCAGAGUACAGAUCUUUUGCUUCUUUGAUUAGGUUUAUUCCUAGGUAUCUUACUGUUUUUGGUGCAAUUGUAAAUGGGAUUGAUUCCUUGAUUUCUUUUUCUGCUUCAUUAUUGGUGUACAAAAGAAAUACAACAGAUUUCUGUAUGCUAUGCUGAUUUUAUAUCCUGUGACUUUGCUGAAUUUAUGUAUUAGUUUUAACAAUUUUUUGGUGCAGUCUUAGGGCUUUCUACAUAGAGUAUCAUGGGUUUCUUGUUAAUUUAAUUUUGUUCAACUAUUAUUUAAAUAUUAUUGAACAUAUAUUGUGGUCUUGACAUGGUGGUAGGUGUUGAAUUUGAAGGACUUGGUCCCCAGAGGCCCUGGCCAACUCUCCAGUAUGCCAGCAGUUUCCACCUGCUGCCUCCUACCCACUUGCAACCCAACAGCAUCUUCUCAAAGAAUUGAUGGCCCAGCUGAGACCAGGAGAGGAAAGCCCCUGAGGGCCAGGAGGUGGGCAUAUGGCUCUGGAAGAGGGUCUUUGCACAUGUAAACAGUUUUCCCUAGGAGGAAAUGGCUCGUUGUUGGACCAGACUGCCCCUUGGUGGUUUCGUGUUCAGAGGUAAUGAUGCAGCCCAGAGGCUGGGGCAGUAGUAGACAGCAGCUGUUCUGGAUGAAGAUUUUGUUGAUCGUUAUUUAAUUCUUUUACCUGGUCCUAGGCUGAGAGGGCAAUGGAGCAGUCUGAGGCAUUUCUUUUAGAAAGUUUCCAUUCAGGUGGAUACAGAAACUUGGGAAAGGCAGGCUGAGAAGUGGUCUGAGUAAAAUUGGUCCUUAAAUGGCAUCUUUCAGUCCUUUUAUCAUGCCCCCUUGGAGACCUGGUUGGAGGUACACCAGCCCUGCUUUCUUGUAUUGUUUUUACAGGAACAAGGUGGGUACCUUUUAUCAGCAGAAUCCUUUUGGGGACAGGGUUUUCACACAGACCAGAUUAGCCAAGCCCAGGGCUCUGGCCUAGAGAGAUAUAAGUUAAGCCUCUACCAUCUGCCCUACCAAAGGAGCCCGCUUUCCUCCAUUACCCAGAGAAGCUUGUGGGGUGGUCCCAGGCAAAGACCCUGUACAAACGCUCCUCACUUCAAAUGCCCUGCUUUCUUCCUAAUCAUAACUAGCAUUGUUACUGUUUGGGAUAAUGUUAAAUAAAAAGAUCAGACACUUAGGUUGUAAGUCUCAAUGAAGUCAAUAAAGGAGGAGGCCAUGAAAACACUGUUGCAGCAGUAAGUUUCUAUGAUUUCUUAUUCCUAUUAUAAGCAUUUUCUAUAAUGUUACUAUUUUUGCAGUUAAAAAAAAAAAAACCAAUGUGGCACAGUUAAGAUUUUCACCUGUGGGAUGUGCUGUUUCCCAACCUCCCCCAAGGCUCCUGUGGGCCCACUGAUCAUGAGGGCACUUACCUGAAGAUCCUACUAGACCUCGUACUGCUGACAGGUCAGAGACACAGAGACAGUACCUGCAGCAAAUAUCCAGUCUGUUCUAGUGCACAGAAUCACUGCUUCUCUAUCUCCCCUUCUUUCACUUGGCUGUGAAUUUAGUGCCCCAUCCUGCAGAGGGUCAGACUGCUCUGGCCUGCUUGUGUUCCUGGUGCACCACCGGGGGGCAGGGAAGUGCCCAGACUGAUUUCCUGGUUCUUCAUCUUAGUGCAGAAUCCUGCUCUCCUAUGAAUCUUAGCAAGGAUGCCAAGUAGGCCUAAUGGGAAUAAAAGUAAAGGAGGAGUGAAUGGAGGCUAGGAGGACAUUCAGCCUCCCCUCUCUUUGGUAGGAGUUGAGAGCAUGUGCCAGGUAUCCCCCCUGCUUAGGAUCUCGUGUUUUCAAGUGCACCUCUGUACAUUCACAUAGGGAUAGGAAAGCAGAGGACUUGAGAGUAUAGGUGCUCUGCAGCACUAAUGAUGCAGAACGGAAGGGGUAAGGAAAGCCGAAUGAUAAUGCAAAAGGGUGAAAAAGGGUUGUAUGGAUAUAGACUGAAUUUAAUUUAUACUGAUGUACAUAUACAUGCCUGGUGACAACAGUUACUUCAUUCUAAAGCUUAAAUUUUUAUAGUUUUUGUCAAAACAGGCCACGACAAUGUUGUUUUAUAUGCUUCCCCCCCCCCCCCACUAAGAAAGAAAAUAAGUAGAAAUUGGGUACUUUAUCUAUUAAAAUCAUCCUGUAUUUUUCUUUAUAAAUAAACUCUGAAAAUUUGAAAAUUAGUAUCCUUUUAUUCCAACUGUUAAUAAAUAUAUAACAUAAAUACGUAUUAGCUAAUUUCAGUGAAAUGUUUCCUUGUUGAAUUUUUUCAUUACCAUUCACUCUAUAUAUACAUCUUCACAGUCCUCACAGUUGUGUGUGUGUGCGUGUCUGUGUGUGUGUGUUCCUGCAUUUUUCAAUGAGAUUUUUAAAAUGAAGAAGUCAGUGAGCCUUGCUUAUUUUCACAGUAAUUACUGUACUCCAACCACAUUCAUGUUAUGUCUUUUCUACCACAGUAACUACUUAUAUUUUUUAAUGAUUUCAAGUGUUUCAAACAAAAGUGUAGAGAACAAAAUAAUAAACACAGAAUAAUCACCACCCAGCUUUAUCACAUUUCAAUAGUUAUAGUUGCUUCAGAUUUUUUUAGAGAUGAGAUACUAUAUAUGUCCCCUUUCCCAGUCCCAGGCCUUUACCAAAAUAACCACUUUCUAGAAUUUAUUUUAAAUCUCAUUUCCUUUGGAGUAUCUGAUACUUAUUUCUGAUUUUUUUUCAUUGUUAAUAAAUUUUUAUAUUUUACUUUAUAGCAAAUUAAAAAGGAAUGUUUUAGAAGACACCCCCAAAAGAGCAGUGUGUGUGUGUGUGUGUGUGUAGAGACCAGCUGGCAGGCAGACAUGGGCUGAGGAGAGGGGCAUUUCUACUGUGCUGGUGUGCUGCUGAAUGUAAGAGAAUGCAUGAUGGAAGUAUCUGGAUAAUCUGUUAUAAAAGAGAAGAUACUUGAACAUAGGAAUUGUGAGAAAACUAUGCGAAUGUUUGAUCUAGACUCACAUAAGUCAGAAAUUUGAAGAUACUUGUGGAGAUCCAUCUAGGGAAACAGUGCUCCUUCAUUCUUAUGUGCUUUGUGUGUCAAGCAUUGUUAUAAGUACUUUAUUGGAUAUCAGUUUAUUUAAUCCUCAUCCUAACCAGUGAGUUAGGUAUCAAUAUUAUUCUCUCACUUUUUAUUACUUUUUAAAAAAAAUUAUCACAUAAGUAAGGAAACAGACACAGAAAAGUUAAAAAGUUAGACAGCUAGGCUGAGUCAGGAUUUGUACUUAGGCAAUAUGGAUUAAAACUCACCUAGUUAAUUCUACACUGUACCUGCACCUGGUCAUUGGCUACUGCCCCACACUGCACUCUUCCUCUCUUGGACACUACCCUUAGGCAUACGAAUAAAGCUGGGUACUCAACUACAUCUGGGUUCGAGUCCAUUUCCUCCCACCUUGCUCUACAAACCUUUUCAUUAUAGAUGGCUCCUUUCUUUCUUCACACAAAUAGGUGUAAUAUAUCCAUUUUCUGCUUUUAAUUUUUUCAAAAUCGCCCCGUUGUCCAACUCACUUAGGAUAUGCUAGUUUUCCCUUUCAAAGUGAUGUAUCUCUUGAGUUCUCCAUCAUUCCCUGACAUUCUGCCUGUAUUAAUCAGGACUCCUGUAGUUGCAAAGAAACACCUCAACCUGGUUUAAGUGAAAAAAGGUAACAUUGUAUCUGUAAUUGCAUGCUUCAUGUAACAGGAGUCAACAAUUAUAUGAUCCUAGGAAUAAAUCUAAAAGAUGUGACUUUCUAGAGAAAAUUACUAAAUUUCUGAAAGACACAAGACCCAGAUGUAGAUAGGUAACAUGUUGAUAAGUGAGAAGACCCAAAAUUGUAAGAAUUUAAAUAUCUGUAGAUUAAAUGUGAGUCAAAUUAAAAUCCAAAUUUUACUUUUUAUUCUUAAUUUAUCUAACCGGUAACAGUUUGUUAAAUAAUAACACCAACAGUGUAUUUGGUUAAUAUACCUUAUAAAUAAAUGAAAUGACAGCAAUGUUAUCAAAGAUGAGAGGGAAGAAUUGGAAAUACUCUGUUAUAAGGCUCUUGUACUCUUUGUGAAGAAGUAUAGUGUUAUUCAAAAGUACACUUGAAUUAGUUGUAAAUGUAUUUUACAAAACCUAGGGCAACCGCUAAAAAGGUUAAAAAAGAAAGUGUAACUGAUAGGCUAAUAAAGGAGAGAAUAUGAAAUACCCAAUUAAAACCAUAAAAGACAAAAAAAAAAAGUAGAAUACAAAAAUAGAAAAAAAUGAAGAAGGGCAACAAAUGGAAAACACAAGUGUGUUAGGUAGUAAUCUACCUUUAUCAAUGAUCACUUUAAAUAUGAAUGAUCUAAAUACACCAAUUAAAAGAAAUUGUCAGAAUUAAAAAACUAAGACCCAACUACAUGUUGUCUUUAGGAUCUCACUUUAAAUAUAAAGACACAGAUGGAUUACUAGUAAAGAAAUGGAAAAAGAUAUACCAGGCUAACAUUGAAAGAAAAACUGGAAAAGCGGUAUUUCAGACAGAGCCAGCUUGAGAGCAAGGAAAAUUAUCAGGGAAAAAAGAGGGCAUUACAUAAUGAUAAAGGAGCCAAUUUCCCAAGAAGACAUAAUCCUUAAUGUGUGUGCCUUAGCAAUAAAAUAUAAAAAUACAUGAGAGAAAACUUAUAAAACUGCAAGGAGAAGCAGACAGAUGCACUAUUAUAGUUGGAGUCUUCAACUUUAUCGAUUGGAGACUCAUUGACAAAUUCAGCAGGUAGAAAAUUAGUAGUGACAGAAUUUAACGUCAUUUAACAUAAUUUACCAUCAGCACUCAACUAGAUCUGUGCAUUCCCCUUUAGUUCACGUGGAACAUUCACCAAGUUAGACCACAGUCUGGGGCAUAAAACACACCUUAAUACAUUUUUAAAAAUUGAAAUUAUACAAUGUAUGCUCUCACCCCACAAUGGAAUUAAACUAGAAUUCAAUAAUAAGUGUAGUCAAAAAUCCCCAAAUAUUUGAAAAUUAAACAACAUAGUUCUAAAUAGCACAUGGGUCAAGAGAAAUUUUAAAAAAUGUUUUAAACGGGGGCACCUGGGUUGCUCAGUUGGUUAAAUGUCCAACUCUUGAUUUUGGCUCAGGUCAUGAUCCCAGAGUUGUGGGAUCAAGCCCCACAUCAGGCUCUGUGCUGACAACGUGGAGCCUACCUACACUUCUCUCUCUCUCUGUCUCCCUCUGCCCCUCCCCCCUGCUUGCAUGCACUCUCUCUCAAAUUUAAAAAAAUGCAUAUUUUAAAUGAAUAUGCAAACACAUCAAAUUUUAUGAGAUGCAGGAAGAGCAGUACUUAGAAACUUAUAGUACUGAAUAUAUAUAUUAGCAAAGAUGAAAGAUCUAAAUAAGCUCUGGGACACCUGGGCUACUCAGUUGGUUAAGUGUCCAACUUGAUUUCAGCUCGGGUCAUGGUCUCACAGUCAUGAGAUUGAGCCCCGCAUAAGGCUCUGCAUUGAUAGUGCGGGGCUUGCUUGGGAUUCUGUGUCUCCCCCUUUGCCCUUCCCCCACUCUCUUUCUCAAAAAUAAAUAAACAGUAAAAAAUCAGUAAACCUCCAGCCAAUCCAGCCAAGAAAAAAGCACAAAUGACUCUUAUCAGAAAUGAAAGAGGAGCCAUCACUAUUGACUCCACGGACAUUAAAAGGAUAAUAAAGGAACAUUAUAGAUAACUCUAUGCCCACAAAUUUGAUAACCUAAAUGAAAUGAAUCAGCUCCUUGAAAGACACAAUCUACCAGAAUUCUCACAAGGAGAAAUAGAUAAUCUGAAUAGGCCAAUAUGUACUAAGGAAUUAAUAUUGUUCCAAAAUAGCACCAGGCCCAGUUGGGUUCACUGGUAAAUUUUACCAUAUAUUUGAAGAAGUUGACACCAAUUGUCCACAAAUCCUUCUUGAAAAUGGAGGGCAACAUUAUCCUAAUACCAAAAACAGAUAAAUACAUUACAAGAAAGGAAAACUACAGGCCAAUAUCUCUUCUGAACAUAGAUGCAUAAUACUCAACAAAAUAUUAACAAAUCCAACAAUGUAUACAAGGAAUUAUACACCAUAACCAAAUGAGAUUUACUCCAGGAUACAAAGCUAUUUAAACAUUUGAAAAUAAUGCAAUCCAUUGCAUCAACAUGCUAAAGAAAAAUUAUAUGAUCAUAUCAACAGAUAUAGAAAAAGCAUUUGACAAAAUCCACAAUCCACUCAUGAUAAAAAGUCUCAGUAAACUAGGAAGUGGAGGGAUGAUAAAGUACAUCUACAAAAACCCUACAGCUACCAUCAUACUUAAUUGUGAAAAGCUAGAUGCUUUCCCCCAAGAGGAACAAGGCAAGGAUGUCCCCUUUCUCCACUUAUGUUCAACACUGUAAUAGAAGUCCUUGCUAAUGCAGUAAGAACAAGAAAAGGAUAUAAGGGGAAGGAAGGAAUAAAACUGUAGAUGGCAUGGUUGUCUAUGAAGAAAAUUCCAAAGAAUCAACAAAAAAACUCCUAGAGCUAUAAGAAAUUAUAGUAAGGUUUCAGGAUGCAAGGUUAAUACACAAAUGUCAAUUGCUAUCCUAUAUACCAACAGUGAAUAAUAGGAAUUUGACAUUAAAACACAACACAAUUUAUAUUAGCACCAAAAAAUUAAAUAUUUAAGAAUAAAUAUGUACAAGAUCUGUAUGAGGAAAACUACAAAACUGUGAUGGAAAAAUCAAAGAAGACAAGAGAUAUUUCAUGCUCUUGGAUAGGAAAAUUCAAUAUUAUCAGUUCUUGCCAAUGUGAUCUAUAAAUCCCAAUCAGAUUCCCAGCAAGUUAUUAUAUGGACAUUAACAAACAGAUUCUAUGUUUAUAUGGAAAGGCAAAAGACCCAGAAUAGCCAACACAGUAUUGAAAGAGAAGAACAAAGUUAGAGGUCUGACAAUAUCUAAUUUCAAGACUUACUAUAGUCACCAUGAUAAAGACAGUUUGGUAUUUGGUGAAAGAACAAACAGAUCAGUGGGAUGGAAUAAAGAACCCAGAAAUAGACUAACAAAAUACUGUCAAUUGAACUUUAAAAAAGGAGUGAAGGCAACUCAAUGGAGAACACUAUUCUAUUCAACAAAGUCCUAGAAUAACUGGGCGCCCACAUACAAAAAAAAAAAAAAAAAAAGGAACAUCCAAAAUUAAUAUAAUACAA